CUGGCAUUCUUCUGCUUUAGUGGAUUCGGAUUCGGAAUGCAACCUUUCACAAAUGGCCGUCGUCUUUCCAAUACGAGCAUACCAGUCUGACAUUCUGUUUAUGAUGUGCUGUGACCAGUCUCGGUACCAAAUUGACUCACUAGGCAUAAGAAGCCAGGCCAAGAGAAAUAAACAAAUAGAAUGUUUCACAGGCCUUAAAGAAAUACCCACACAUAUCUCAACAAAGUGCCACAUAUGGUUGACGUGUAAGUUUACGCCUAUAUUCCAUUGUUUGUUUGGUUUCACCAUGUAUAAUUCAUUCAUUCUUACCCUUUCAACAUGAUUUUGACUACAACCCUCUAAACCUCUGUUUGCAGUUAUUACUUAGGGCUCCCUAUCCACGCUGUUGACAUUUUAGUGCAUUUUCAGCUUCACUGUAUUCACACUGGUUCCUGUGGUCACAGCGAAGACGUGCAAAAAUAAAUAAAUUGCAUUUGACUUGUCAUUUUACCAAUGUUUCUAGAAUUGACUGAGCCACAAAGUGUUUUAGAUGCGGAGCUAUGUGUUUGCAAUAAUAAGCCCUCGGGCAAAACUAAGUGGGAUUGAUGGAGAUUAUUUUAAAUUGACUGGAAUGAAGAAAUAAAUGGUUUACUCACCAUUCCCUUGUUUGCUGUGGAUUUUAAUGUCAAAGCCGCCGAUAGCAAGUAGCCCGAGGCAUUUUGUUCUGGGCUUGUCCUUCUGCCCGUCCCUUUCUUACGGACAUGAUAUCUCAAGAAUGCCUUGGAGGAAUAUCUUCACAUUUUGGUCAGCAAAGGUCAAAGGUCAAUGUUGAUUUGACUUCACAAAGCACGUUGUUUUUGCUUUGUGAACAGGAAAACUCAGGACCACAAUAAGGGAAUUUCUUCAAAUUUGUUACAAACGUUCAUUUAGGCUCACAGAUUAAUUUGUUUGGUUUUGGUGAUCGAAGAUUAAGGUCCUGGUGGCUCACAAGGUAUUUUACCUUUUGAACAUGAUAUAUUACAAUGACUGUAACUGCUAUGGUUGGCAGAGGCAUAAAACAGCUGGGCGGUAAUUCUACUUACAUUCCACAAGGAAUUCUGCUUGUGUUUUCUUUAAGGAUCACAUGAUAUUGAAUCAUUAUAUUGCACAAAUAGCAGUUUUCUCUCUGGAAAGUAUGUUCAAGCCCAUUUCAGUCAUUCCGACUCGGCAACAAUGGGGAAACCCCUGGAGAGUUUAGCUGAGCUGGUGAAACACCCAGAUCCCGUCUCGGUCCAACAUCCUCAUUGAUCAGUGGAGUCAACCAGUAAAAGGUCUACCAUCACAAUACACACACACAGUGCUUCUUAUUAAGGAAGAAAGGACUAACUGUGAGGUUGUCAUUAGUCCAUAUGCACAUUAUCCACUUUCUUUUACAUUCCUCUCUGAUUGCAACGCUCCUCUUGGCCGGCUCUGCUGCCUGUCACCACACGACAUGUCCUAGCACAGUCCACUCAAAUACAGUAAUUGGUGGUGUCAGUGCUCCUGAUCCCGGGCAUUGGAGGCCUGCAGCUGGUUGCCAUGUAGAAGAGGGAAAUCGGGAGAAGGGAGCGCGAGGAGGGUGAGAGGGAGCAGAUGAUGGCGUCCUGGCUCCUGAUUGUGCGUGAUUCCCUCUGGCUCUAAUCAGCUGGUGGUACUUUGAAAUUACCCUCUUUAUGCAUGUCAUUACUGUGUUUGUGUAGGUGUAAGAAGUGAGCCGAGUAGGCAGUGAUUGAUGAAUAUCCCAUAGUUUUAAUCGACACCUUAUUUAAUUUGCUCCGACCUUGUUUCAAUUGCUGCUGCGUGGCGGAGAAGCCUGGUCAGGGCACAGGGAGGAACAUUUUUAAUCCUCUUAAUAAUGUUUUCUCUUAUCUUCAUCCUCUCUGCUCGUGCUCCCGGCUUCUCCGUAUUCUUCCUGUCCCAGCCCACAGCACAAAUGAGUGUCAAACAGAUUGGACUCAUUCUUUUGGAGACAUUUUCCUGCCCUCCUUUAAUUGUCUGGUUUAAAAUACGCCUGUGUGCAAAUAAUGGAUUGAUUCCAUCCUCAUGUAGUCACAAAAUGGACAGUCUCCCCGUCUGUCCUUAGGAGAAGAUUACAAUUCAGCUGUGACAUAUAAUAAGUCUCUAAUUGAAAGAUUUUUCAGGGACUGUUUGAAUGAGAAGCGAUAUACAGACCGUGAUUACAAACCUUUUGUUCGUAAAUAUUACAUCCUUUUCUACUAUGUUGAUCUCUCUUUUUUCCCCUUCUCUCUUUCUCCCUCUCGCCGUGUCACACAACUUCAAGUGCCUCCUGGCGCCAUUUCCCAAUUAGCCGCCACAAUUAGGAUAACAAUGUAGUACAAGAGAACUGGGAUGACAAAUAUAGCAACAAUGGGAAGAGAGGAAGACGGAAACUACUUUGCCUUCACUGCACGCCAUUUAAGAUGCGAAAUGUAUGAGAAAACAUGUACAAUAAGAAUAAGAGUUAUACCAGUAGCUAAUCAUCUAACUCUUCUAUGUGAAGUUGUUCCAACACGUGCACAGGGAAGAAAGACCUGUGUCAGAUACCUUUGGCCUCCUCAGUGGGUGAGUGUGCUGUAAUGAUGCUGUACUGGGCUUUGCUUUAUGUAAUCCUCCCACCACUCUGAAACACCAUCACUCUUUAUUAGAAGCCUCCAGUUAAUGUAGCUGUGAGUACACACACACACACACGCGCACACAUGCAUGAAUAUGUGUAUGAGAUGUGUUUGUGAUGCACACAUACCAUGUGACCUUAUCAUCAUCAAUGAGAUGCGCUUUACAUCAGAAUCAGGCAGAAGGAAAGAACAUUUAGGAAUAAACAUUUCCUUUGAGAGGUCCUCGGGGACGAGUUAGUCUUUUAUCUUCCCAGAGGCAGAGAGGGAGAGCGAGAGUGAGCGAGGGAGCGGGGAUACCUUUUAUAUGAGCUGCGCUGUUUGCCUGAAGAUGGGACUCUCCUCCAAUUACGCUCCCAGCCUAUUAGACUAACACAGCCAGAUUGUAAAUAAAGGCAGCCGCUUUGAACACGAGCAGCCGGUAAAUGAGUUUUUAAUGCUCAAUCGGCCUUUUGCUUUUUGGUAGCAUUUAAAAUGAUCUCUAUGAAAAACAAUAUGUUGUCUUAUUUUUAUUUAAUUUUUUUACCAUUUUUUCCCUAGAGGAACAACAGAAAAAAGUUUCUCUCCAAAACCUUGCUGUGUUCCUUAGAGAUUACGAAGAAGUAGGAACGGAACAGGGAGGAUGGUUAACUUUGAGUUUAGCCAGUUAAGUAAGGCAGUCAUUUGUGCAGGUUGGUUUGCUUGUAAAUUGCAGCAAUGAUAGAAACCAUAGAUUGUGUAUAAAGAUGAACAAAAUGACAGCUCCGCCUAAAGUGAAGCUGAAGGGUCCGGAUCACCAUCUGGUGCGUGGCUGUAGUAGGUCAGAGGUCAUGCGUCCCGCCUCCUCCAUGUUACUGGAUGAAGCUUGCACCAAAAGUAAAAGUUCAAUAAAUUUACCUCGAAGAUGGUUUCUGUCAUUUGAGGUAUUAUUGAUGUAUGUCCAGCUGUAUAUGUUGCAAGGUGAAACUUCCCAAAUGAGAGCUGAGACUCACUUGUGAUUGGUCGAGCACGUGUGUAUGGAUGGGACCACCCUAUCACGGCCCCAUUCCCCGAUUCCCACCGCGCAGACACUCGCUCCAAAUGCGCAUGAUGGUAUUCAUCAUUAUUCUUUUCACAUUUUACUGAGAAAACAAUCACAUAAUGAAUAGGAAGGGUAAUUAGUAAUAAAACAAAUUGCUUAUUGUUAAAACUAGGAGCAUAAAUGUGAAUUAGUCUUGUAUAACAGACCGUCAAGUGAUCUAAUCUAAUUACAAACUAUAAAUUCAAGGUCCAUAGGUUACUGUUGUAUUUGGGGAUGACUGGCUGCUUUUAUUUUUAUUUUUUUUGUGUAGUAUUUUUGCAUUCUAGUCCUGUUGUUGCCAUCCUGGCUUGAGAUGUAAACGCAGUCAUGGAGAGGCGUAGUAAAAUUGUUACUGAUGGUAAUGAAAGUAUUAGUGGUUUGUGUCUGACUCACCGGUAUGUCUACUGUAGGUGGGCUGUGCUGCACUCGAGCCACUUGAACUGCAAUUCCUGAUGGAAUACACAAACCACAGCAAACACACACACACACUUUCACAAACACACAUGUGCAGUCCCAUACAAAUCUUGGCUCUCAUUAAAAAAACAAAAGGACAGACAGUGCGAUGAAGGCAAAAGUAAAAAUGCUGAGGUCUGGCUGAAAGUACAAGGCACCGGGUUUUCAGGAACGGCUGGGGUUGUUUCAGGUUGACGCCGGUGGCACCGUGCUAUAUCAUUUCUGCCACAAUGUUCUUCUGCAGUAUUGACGGCCUGUGUAGGGACUGCUGCUGCAGCAGUGUUGUGUGCGUGUUGUCUCUCUGUCCCCCUGGCUGUUCCUGACUCGCUGACUGGGGAUCGGUUAAUUGGAGGAAGCCCUGGAGGAGCACAGGAGGAGGAAAGAGAUGAGAAGGUGGAUGAGAAGUAGAGGAAAUGAUGGGGCUGCGAGAUGUCGGGCAUCGUCGUGCUUUCUCUGCAUUUAGACUGACUCAGCCUGCAGUGUAGUAUGAGACUGCAAAUCUAUAUUUGUACUAUUUACAUGCCUUAGUUCCGUUAGACACACAUGUAGGUUCAAGUAUAGAUGCUGAUGCUGAGUCUAAGCCAUCAGCAUUGUAUGUUAUUUUCACUGUUCUUCACAUUAGUAGCCAUAAUGAGUGUGCCCAUCAUUGAAUUCUCCUUUGAAACUCAAGGACAUGCAUCCCUGUCAAGACAAGUAUCUUUGUUUCGAGUCGGCAUAUUCAUCUACCCACUCUUCCAACGCCACCAUCAGCCGCCAGCCUCUCCUGCCCCCUCCCACCUGAACUAUUUCUCACCAUCGGAGGGCAGGAUGUGGGUGGAGAAACCCUCAUUCUGCCCUCCAUUAACAUUCAAGAAGAGUGAGUCCAAAGCUUCUGUCGAUGGCUGUUUUGUGAGAAACAUAUUUUGUGCAGUGGAGGGAGGUUUGUGUCCGAGAGAGAGAGAGAGAGAAAGAGAGAGAGAGGCAGGAAAUACCAUCAUGGAGCAGUUCAACCCCUGCUUACGGAACUUUGUUGCCAUGGGGAAGAACUACGAGAAGGCCCUUGCCAAUGUGACAUUUGCUGCCAAAGGCUACUUUGAUGCUCUGGUCAGAAUGGGUGAACUGGCCAGUGAGAGUCAAGGAUCCAAAGAUUUGGGGGAUGUGCUGUUCCAGAUGGCUGAGGUCCACAGACAGAUCCAAGUGCAGCUCGAGGAGAUGUUGAAAUCCUUCCACAACGAGCUGCUCUCCGAGCUGGAGAAGAAGGUGGACCUGGACUCUCGUUAUCUGACUGCUGCCCUCAAGAAGUACCAGACGGAGCACAAGAGCAAAGGGGAGAGUCUGGAGAAGUGCCAGGCCGAGCUGAAGAAGCUGCGCAGGAAGAGCCAGGGCAGCAAGAACCCCUCCAAGUAUGGAGAGAAGGAGAUGCAGUUUGUGGAGACCAUCAGCAGUAAGCAGACUGAGCUGGACACCUUCAUCGCUGACGGCUACAAGACGGCCCUGUCCGAGGAGCGGCGCAGGUACUGCUUCCUGGUCGACCGCCAGUGUGCCGUGGCCAAGAACAGCAGCGCCUACCACGGCAAGGGCAAAGACCUUCUGACCCAGAAGAUUCCAGUGUGGCAACAGGCCUGUUCGGACCCCAACAAGUUGCCAGAGAGGGCCAUGCUGCUAGCCCAGCAGAUGGGCUCUGCCUCCAUUGGGGGCACGAGCCCCCUGCAUACCUCCAAAUCCAACCUGGUCAUCUCCGACCCCAUCCCUGGAGCCGUGCCGCUUCCUGUGCCCCCAGAGCUGGCCGUCUUCAUGGGCAGUGGCCUCGGACACCCAGCGAGGCUGAUUGGCCCUGAUGGCAUGUCCAUGGUCAAUGGGACUACAGGAGUCCAUGGGGAGGAGUUUUGGACAGAUGGAGGGACGAUGUCCGUGUCUCAAGUCAGGCCUUCGUCCCCUCAGACUCAGGCACAGGGUCCGCCCCAGUCUCAGCCUCAGAGACAGGUCAGCGAUGUCUACUCCAACACCCUCCCUGUGCGCAGGCCUGCCCCCGCCAAGAAUAAGAACCCUGUGGGUGAGACACGGACCCUUCCCAGAUCCAGUUCCAUGGCUGCAGGGCUGGAGAAGAAUGGGCGCGCUCGUGUCCAGGCCAUCUUCUCCCACGCCGCCGGAGACAACGGCACCCUGCUCAGCUUUUCCGAGGGCGACGUCAUUACCCUGCUAGUGCCUGAAGCCCGGGACGGCUGGCACUACGGGGAGAAUGAGAAGAACAAGAUGCGUGGCUGGUUCCCGUUCUCCUACACGCGUGUUCUGCCCGAGAGCGACAGUGAGAAGCUCAGAGUGAAUUUGCACCACGGGAAAAGUAGCAGCACAGGGAACUUGUUGGAGAACGAUGGAUCGCUGCCCACCCCUGACUAUGGCCUGACCGCCCGACUGCUGGCACAGAGCCUAGCACAGACCCGCCCACGGCCCUACAGCAUGGCAGGCUUUGCCCCACAGCCUGCUAUUGAGGAUUAUGACGGCCGCUUUGCCACAAGUUUGGGUCCAGAAUUGUCCCAGUUCUGAGGGAACAGGACCAUCCUGACCGCGCCCUGGAGGUCUACCUCCGGCCCACCUUCAACGACGACCGAUCUGCACCCAUCUUCUACUAGCGGCCUGCUGUCCCCUUUCUGUCCACUCACGGGCCCUUGUUUCUACGAGAGGGGAAAGAAAAAGGGCCGACGCUGGCAUGUUGUGAAGUUGUGUGAUUGGGAGAAAAAAAAAUAAAGACAACUUUCCUCACUGGCCAUUUUACUCUACUAAGAACUUAGUUUAUUUGCUGUGGUAAUUCCCUCUUGAGAAUUUCCGGUCAUGUUAAAUUUGCUUCCACAGACAUUGAAUGUCUGAGCCUGAACAUUCAAGUGUGGCGGUGUAGACUUUAUUAGUUAUUUAGAUCACACCAGUUGUGGAUGAGGUAUGGCUAAUAGGUUUUUACUAGCGAUACUGUCGAAAUAUUAUUUAUCUGCACUUCUACUAUGGGAUUUUUUCUUUAACACUGUAAAUUAUGUUUUAGGAUUACUUGCAUUAAGCAGCAGAGGCACACUCUGCAGUAGUUGUUUUAAGUGAGGCUCGAGGGUGAAUAUAACACGGUGGGUUCAGUGAAUCACUGUUAUAUGCACUGAAGACACAACGUGUAGACUGGAUACUGCCACAGAAAGCUAGGACUAGACAGUUGCUGAGUAAACUGUUAUUCUGCUUUUGUUAAGUGAUAUAGUAGCUCACUUUAUAUUUACUAGUUGUGAUACAGUACACCCAGAUGUGGGAACUGUGCCUUUUACUUUUCUUUUUUUUUCGGGGCUCCAUACAGAACUCAUUCUGGAAGCUGGGAUUAUUUGCCCUUUUUGUGUUUGCUUGUAAUGUCACUCUCUGAGAUACAGCGCGUACAUAGUGGGUCAUUUUGUUUUUAAAUAAUUAGCUUUGCGGGAGUGGUAGCUUAUCCGAUAAGGUACAGUAUUAUCACAGCUUUUGAUCAUUCUCAGUAUUAUAAACUCAUCCGGGAGAGGAGCUUGAGGCAGAUCUGUUUAUGCAUGUGUGAGAGGAUAGUAAGAGAUGUGGAAAGCAAGAAUGUGUAUGGAUGUAUGAGCUCAAGUUCCUCUUCAGCCUGCAAUAAUUCAACACUUAAAUCAUGAAAAUCUAUUUCCCAUGGAUGAGUCCUUUACACUGACUGAUAUGAUCGCGCUUUUAUUACACAGCUUAUUUGGGGGAAACAAGUUUCCAAUGCAUUUUUUACUUUUUAUAUAGCUUUCUGUUUGUCCAUUUCUCACCUUGGUCCCUGUUUGUAUUAUAUCUGUUACUGUACAGAAAGUGCAUAUAAAUUAUCCUGUCCAAAAUAAAUCUAAAUGGGCACAAACUUCAUA